AUGAAGCCGAGUACGAAUCCUUCCUUGCUGCUGGUCACCAACCAGGUUUUGGGGGAGUACGAGACAAAGGGUGGUCGUAUGGAGGCUUAUUUGUCCAUAGCUCGAGAACUAGUCGCUAAGUUCGAGGAUUUUGAAAUCACUAAGAUCCCACGAAGUGAAAACUCCGCCGCGGACGCUUUAGCAUCUUUGGCAUCCACUUCGGAUCCCACGACGACCAGGAUUAUCCCCGUCGAAAUUAUCCAGUAUCCGAGCAUUCGACUAGAAAACUCAAACGUCGUUACCCGCGAAAUGAAAAUGCAGCUGGCUGCAGAGGAGGCAGCUCACAAGGCGUCUGCGGACUCUUUGCCUCCAGAGGACCCAGCCCCCGUUAUGCCUACUCCGAUGGAAGUUCACCCACCUCUGGCCGAGCUAGACGCGAGUCAAAUUCCGGAACCGUCAGGCUCACCAAUCGACAAUCAAGCUGUUAUCCCACAUGCUACUUCGAGCGGCACGAAUUCUAACAGCUCGGGGGCAGAUGACUGGCGGAGCCCGAUCUGGGCUUACUUGGAAAAAGGGGAAUUUCCUGCCGACAAAUGGGCAGCCAGGAAACUCAAGGUUGUCAGUGCGCGGUACUGCGUUCGCAGCGGAAUACUUCUACGCCGAAGUGUAGCUGGUCUUUAUCUAGCAUGCGUGGCUGGUAGUGAGCCCGCGAUGCUAAUGCGAGCUGUUCACGAUGGUCCCAAUGGAAACCACUCCGGAGGUCGGACUCUGGCUUUCAAAAUCAAAAGGCAAGGUUACUUCUGGUCUACCAUGGUCACGGACUGCGAAAGAUAUUCUCGAGCUUGUGAGAAGUGUUAG